CAACAAUGAGCGCCGACUGGUCAGGGCACGGCUUGACAGGCCCACAGCAAUAACCUAAAAGAAGCCAAGUGCGGAGGAUGCGACAGUACACAGUGGUGAAGAAGGCAUCCCGGUAGUACCACCCUGUCUCUUGCAGCUCUGGCAGGGGGGGCGAGAGAUCCUUUUUCGGCUACUUCCUUUGUGUACCUGGUCGAUAAGUCGCACUCGUGGGUCAUUGUUCUCCUUGCUGACCCCCGGGGGGCCCCCAUCUGGCUCGCCCGCCUCUUCACCAACUGCCUCGCAACCUCGCUCAUUUCGUUUCCUGAGGUCCCCCAGCUUCUUGCGCGCUACUCGGGCAAUUCUUCCAGAACCCACACGCUCUUUACAAGUCUUUCUCGCUUCGAUGCUUGCUGAUUUCUCUUGCUCUUGAGCAAAAAAGACACUCUUUUGGUUGGCGACGGUUGGAUCGCGAACAAGUAAGUGGCUGAGUGUGGUGUGUUGACUGCCAAAUCCUGAGGAAUGCGAGAGUGUACCUCGCGGACUGGAAUAAUACCACCACACGAUCUGUCAAACCCGCGGCCUCACUUUCCAGACGAUUUCAUCCGUCACGACGACAACUGGCCCAAGAGUUAGCUCGGGCCAACCUGGUAGCGCCCAGCUGCUCACGAUCUUUACUUCACACUCGUUUCUGCUGUCGCGCGCCGUCACCCAUGAGCAAAGCAAUACUUACGGCCGCACUGGGCUCGGCCUUGCUGUUGUUGGCCGGCCAGCCGGCAUCCGCGACGGUGGCUCACCGUCGCGCUCACGAGCAUUACAGCAAGAACCACACCCACAACGGACAAGAUGCGCAAGAACUCGGGCUACUCGAGCCGCGUGGCCGGCUCGUCAACAGAGCAGGCCAAUGUGCCUUUCCAGAGGGUGAGGCUGGCCUGGUCGCUAUUACUCCGGGCUCCAUGAACAAGGGCUGGGCUCUGAGCCCGGACCAGGAGUGCAUUGCGGAAACGUAUUGCCCCUUUGCUUGCGAGCCGGGAAUGGUCAUGAAUCAAUGGAAAAAGGGUACGACGUAUGUUUAUCCCGAAUCCAUGGACGGAGGGCUCUAUUGCGACAAAUCCGGAAAGAUCGUCAAGCCAUUCCCAGACCAGCCAUACUGCGUCCCAGGCGUCGGGUCUGUCAAGGCCGUCAACAAGUGUGGCAAGGUUGUCGCAUUCUGCCAGACUGUGCUUCCUGGGAACGAAGCUAUGUUGAUCCCCACACGCGUCAUGGACAGCGCAACCAUUGCUGUUCCCGGACCGUCUUACUGGGGCUCAACCGCCUCGCACUUUUACAUCAACCCACCCGGCCGCACGACGGAAGAAGCGUGUCUCUGGGGAACAGGCUCACAGGACAUCGGGAAUUGGUCGCCCUAUGUUGCCGGAGCCAACCAGGACGCAACUGGUAACACUUACGUCAAGCUUGGUUACAACCCUAUCUACACGGAUUCUUUUAACGGUGUUAAGCCCUCAUUCGGCCUGAAGAUCGAGUGUGACGGAAACUGCAAUGGCCUGCCUUGCGCCAUCGAUCCCAGCUCUGAUGGCUUCGGGCACGUCAGAAGCGCCACCGCAGCUUCCGGCGCUGGCGGCGCCGACUUUUGUGUUGUGACAGUCCCAAAAGGCUCCACGGCAAACAUCGUGGUCUUCAAUACCGAUGGCUCGACAGGCGAUGCCUCGAGCCCUUCGUCAUCCAAGGAGGCCACCACCACGUCCCAAGCCCCCAAAAAGCCAAAGGUCGCGGCCGUAGCCACCUCCAGUUCAUCCACAUCGGAAGAAGCUUCAAGCACGGCUGCGAGUAGCAGCUCGUCAAGCUCGUCAAGCAGUAGCUCCUCAUCCUCUGCUAGCACCACUACUGCCAGCAGCUCGGCCCUAUCGUCAACGCAGACCCCGAGCACCACCUUCGCAUCAGCGACGUUCGGUGGUAUCUUUCAGGAAAGCGGAAGGGGCGGGAGCACGCCAACUGUGACGGCUGUCACUUCUGCUGCCGAGUCGGCGGACGCGACGAGCGAAGCAGCACCCGCGGAAACCUCGUCCAAGAGCGACGCAAGGAAUCCUGACCAGGGACAGGCAGCCUUUGCUGGCUUUGUCAUUGCAUUCGUCGCGGCCGCGAUGCUGUACUGAGGGCAUCCUUGUUACGUUCGACCUUCUUCAUCCAAGCAACAAAUAUCUUCCUUUCGGACCCUGCCAGCAGCAGUCUUCAUUGUCGAUACAAUCACCGGAACGCAGAUUCUCAAGGCAGCGCCUUUCCGGACUCCUUUACGCUGAGGUCCCCAUCCGGCCUUGGCGCAGGUUACCAUCGCACUCAUCACUACCACCCCUGGGCGAGCCAUGAAAUGCUCCGCGAUCUUCUUGCCUAUUCAUUUGACGCUGCUGGCCUUUUCACUUUUUGACUUUCGACAAGUGCCUAUUUACCACAUACAACCUUGCAGCCCCUUAUUUUCUUGUCAUACCCAAGACGGCUGAACUGCACAUCCGCCCUCCAGAACUGCCCGCAUACCGUGGAAGCAGUCUUUAUUGUUUAUUGUCUUGUGUGGUGGAUCCAAUUUUGCCCCUUUUGAGAUCUGUUUCUUUCUUGGCCCCGGCACUUUGAAUGCCAGCCAAGCCACCUGUGGCAAUUUUUCUUGUGUUCUCUUCUCUGUGGAGAUAUUUUCCCGGCUUUAUACCCAUGUACGCGAUUGGAUGUUGUUCACGAUGACUGGAGCAUGAAUGUCAUGCAAUUUGGAGAGGAGGCUAUUGACCCCGGUCUCUGAAGCUCGGGGUGGUUUGGUGUCAAACGAAUUCUCCUUGAUUUCUUCUUAUGCCCUUUUACUAGGUUAUAUAGCAGCAGGGCUUGAUGAUGAAUCCCUGUAGCAACGUAGUUGAUGACUCUGGGUAUUUUAGGAAUUGGAUCACGAGGGCUGGAUUUUUGUCCAUCACACAACCCUGGUUCCCAAG